CUAGUACGAGACACACCCUCUGAUUUUGUUUCAUUUGGAGCCGGAGAGAAAGCUAGGGAGGGAAAGAAAAGGAACGGAUAAGAGGCGAAGAUGAAGUACAACCCUAGGGUUUCCAGCUCGAGAAGAAAGAAUCGGAAAGCCCAUUUCACGGCGCCAUCGAGCGUCCGUCGCGUUCUGAUGAGCGCUCCCCUCUCCGCCGAUCUCCGAAGCAAAUACAACGUGAGAUCUGUCCCCAUUCGCAAGGAUGAUGAGGUUCAGGUCGUCCGUGGGACUUACAAGGGCCGAGAAGGGAAGGUCGUUCAGGUCUACCGCCGUAAGUGGGUGAUCCACAUCGAGAGGAUCACAAGAGAGAAGGUUAAUGGAUCCACCGUCAACGUCGGCAUUAACCCAUCCAAGGUCGUCAUCACGAAACUCAGGCUCGACAAGGAUCGCAAAUCUCUCCUCGAUCGCAAGGCCAAGGGCAGAGCGGCUGCUGAUAAGGACAAGGGCACUAAGUUCACUCCCGAGGAUAUCAUGCAGAACGUCGAUUAAUGAAUCUUUCUUCCGAUCUCCAUUCAGGUUCUCAUCGGUUUCUACCUCUUCUUCUGGCCUUUUUUUGUUUUCUUGAGAUACUGUAAUCUUGUUAAGUAAAUUUGGAGAGAAAGAGAGAGAACCAAUAGUUUCUUGAACGUUGGAUCUGUUUUUUCCCUGCGGAAUAUACAAUGGUAGGAUUUUAUCUUAAAUCUGAGAAUUUGGAAUUUGGAUUUCGUGCAUAAUUAUUGGUUUAGUGGAUCUGAAGAAUGUAAAAUUGUAGUUAUUAGUUAAUUGGAAGCGGGAGCUUAUUGUUUGAGA